AGUCUGCACUGCCAAAAUCCUCUCUGCUUCUCCAAAGAGCUUAAAGAGAUCCAGGACUGGUAAUGCUCUUCUUGGAUCCUUGCUCCCUUGAGACUGUCCCUCAGCGAUCUCAGCUUCUUUCCAUUUUCCCUCGAAGCUCCAGGACACUGACUUCCUACAAGAUGAAGCAUACUUCUUGCCUCCUCAUCUUCAUCUCCCUUCUUCAGCUGAUGACUCCGGGGAGUUCUCAGUGUUCCUUAGACUCUGUAGUGAAUAAAAGAAUUCAGGAAGCUCUCAAAGAGUAUAAACCCUCCAUCCCAACCAAGACAUUCUCGUGUGUCAGCAUCACAAGCUCAGGAAGACUGUCCUCCUGCCCCGCUGGUAUGGUCGUCACUGGUUGUGCUUGUGGUAAUGCCUGUGGUUCCUGGGAUGUACGGGGAACAACCACAUGUCACUGCCAGUGUUCUAAGAUAGGCUGGACCACUGCCCGUUGCUGCCAUCUGGCCUGAGAAGAAGGAGGCCGAGAACCCAAUUUUGUGAUGAUGUCUAUAAUGAAACUAUGAUUCCAACCAGGAAACAUCAUUCAUUACAAUACUGUUUCUUGAGCAGUAAGACCAACUUAAA